AUGGCUUCUUUCCUGCAGGAGCUAUGGGAUUCCAUCUUUACCCCUGGCCCAACGCCGACGCUCUUGGUCGCAACGAAUGCCUCUUUCGCCGCCCUUCAAUUCCUCCUCCUGAUUCUCCUCGUUGCGACAUAUUCAAUCCACUUCCUGGUACUGUCGGCUCUUUGUGGCGGCCUUUGGUACGCAAUCAACUGGUUUGCCGCCGAAAUUGCAAGGGAACAACAGACGCAGAAAGCCAAGAAUGAGAAGGACAAGAGCCCUGAACCCGAAAAUGCGAGUGAUACAGAUACGGAGACAGAGACUCCUGCCCCGGCACCGGAAGCCACCUCUGCAACGACCACGUCUUCUGCGCCGGUGCCGAGCCAGAGUCGUGAGAUACCGAAACAGACGACGCCGACCAUGCUGGAGCCGAGGAUGGCAGAGAGUGUCGAAGCACUCAGGCGGCGCCGCAGCCUUGGGGAAAGUUCUGGCUAUGUCAGUACGGAUAGCGAGUGGGAGAAAGUCUCAGAGACAGAGGAGAAGAGUAAGUGA